AUAAGUUUAAUUUGAAGGAAUACUGGUUUAAAUCUUCUAAGUUUGCCAGAAAUAGGUUUCAUUUGAUCGGAAUGUUCAGUAAAUAUAAGCCGGAAAGAGAUGGAUGACUACAGCUGCUGGAAUAUCGAUUAUGGAAAUGAGCACCAUGUCCACCAGCAAUCUACCCCCCCUCCGAAACCUGCCCAGCUGGAGCAGGGUGCGAGAUCUGGACCGGGUGAGAUACCCCAGACUCCUGUCCAGCGACCCUGUGGUCAGAUCUCCACAUGUGGUCAGCAAGAGCCCAAAAGCAGCUGCGCAGCCCAGGACAGAUGCACACAGCACAAGUAUCGCAUCUCUGGAGAAAGAUGUUCUGUUCCUCCAGCAGCAGCAUAAAGACACGCUGGAGAGACUGCAUGCAGAAGUUGAAGAUCUGAAGCGUGUUAAUAAAGAAUUACAGUAUAAGUUGAUUAUGGAACAUGGAAAUACUCCUAAAAUUAUAGCUGACUCUAAUAACCCUGGUAUGAUGCUCACAGAGUCAAUAUGGUCCAGCAGUAAUUCUUCAAAAUCCAGCAGCGACGGUUCAGCUGAGAAGAAUUCCCAGUGUGGAUUCAUCAGCUCCGAGGAGGCGUCCGAGGCAGGAGGAGGAAGAGGAGGCACAGUCACGUCUCUGCUGCCUCUCAGGGUCACCUGCAGCCCGUCCCAUGAGCCCCGCGCCCCGACGCUGAAGGAGUGCGAGCUCAUCAUCCGGCAGCUCUAUCACACCAACACCGCGCAGUAUCAGGAGCUGCUGCGGAUCAAGACGGUCCUCAGAGAAAUCACCUCCAGAAACAGAUCGGCGGCUGAAGUUUUCUCUCUCGCAAGAGCCUCGCUCUGUGACAACAGCAGGUGCUCUUUCAUCGCUCUGUGA